AUCUUCUCCCCUCCUCUCCUAAUCAAAGCUGUGGAAUUGGCUACUCUAAAGCCUACCGCCACGGAGGAGACUACUAGUCAUGACGAGUUUCGAGCCAAACGCCGUGAUCCGCGGUUUCCAGCUUACACUCGUUGGCACUCUUCGUGCCUUGCGGAAUCCAAGUCUAUUUAAAUAUGAUCACUUUCGACAAGCUGCUCUUGCGAUCCUCGUUGGAAUCAUCAUCCAAGUCAUUAUCCAGAUUCCGAUUAUUGGAAUCAGGUUCCUUCUUUGGGUGGCAUCCUUUGUUAUCAAUAUGGAAAAUGUGACAUGGGACGAUUCCCUUCUCGAUGGCCUAGACUUUUUGAACAAGUCGGUCCUUCAAAUUCCGUUCUUGCUCAUGACCUUGAUGCGAUAUAUCACUCCCACUCUUGACGAAAUCUUCAUGCAAUCCUUACAAUGGGUCGACAUGACCUACGUCACUAAGCACAAAACUGACGACCCCCAAACCCUCCGCGCAAUGUAUUACCCAAACCUGGUCCAUUACUCGACCAAGGGCAAAGCUAGUCCUUCUUCUAAACCAUCUCAACCAUCUAAACCAGUUCCCCAAGCCCUCAUGGCGUUUGCUCGGAGGUAUGGACGGAAAGUUGGCAUGCUCUUGGGUAUCUAUAUUGCCUCGCUCCUCCCUCUUGUUGGGCGGUUCGUGAUGCCUGCUGUCUCGUUCUACACCUUCAAAAGUACCGUUGGAACCACCCCAGCGGCCGUGAUUUUUGGAACCGGGAUUGUCCUGCCUAAGCGGUACCUUGUGACGUUCCUUCACAGUUACUAUGCCUCUCGCAGCUUGAUGCGCGAAUUGUUGGAACCGUACUUUUGCCGUGUGAAGUUUACCCCUGAACAGAAGCGUCGCUGGUUCUUGGACCGGGAAGGGGUUCUCUUUGGAUUUGCAUUUGCCUUUACUUUUGUGUUGAAGACACCGAUCAUUGGCGUCCUGAUGUAUGGGGUAGCGCAAGCCUCCACUGCAUAUCUCGUCACGAAGAUCACGGAUCCCCCGCCACAUCCCACUGCAAGCGACGGAUUUGCAGAGACCCAGGUGACGUGGAAGAACAAACAUGAGUUCUUGAAGCUGUCGCUAGACAAUCUCGAUAAACUCAACACUGCUCCUCUUGAGCAGGAAGGAUCCAAAACUACUGAUCUUCCGGGGCGAAAGUUCACUUGAGGAGAGAACAACUAGGAAAUAAGAACUUUAUCAACGGUUUACCUGUUUUGGGGGGGGGGGGGGCUAAAAGUAUUAA